UGUGUGGGCUGGAUUCGUGGGCAUCUCCGGCAGACACAAACGCUUCCUGAAACACGGCGGUCUCAUCAAGUCCGCUCCGUCGCAGAGAUUUAAUGGAAGCGCAGUUUUAACCGCGUUUGAAUGGGAAAUGGUCCGUGUGUUCUCUCCACGACGAGGCCGGUGGUAAUGCCCUAAUCUCGGUCUCGUGAUACCUGCGCAGGUGGACUGACCUCUGAUGACCUCUGUUGACCCUCACACCUGUCAGUUAAGCCACAAUCUGCAGCUAAAGUCAUGGACAAUUCAAGUGACAGCAAGAAGGCGGAGCCCAGAGUCAACGAGAAGAAAUGCUCGUGGGCGUCCUACAUGACUAACUCCCCUACUGUGAUCGUAAUGAUCGGCCUUCCCGCCAGAGGAAAGACGUACAUAUCUAAGAAGCUGACGCGAUACCUCAACUGGAUCGGGGUUCCCACCAAAGUGUUUAACCUGGGCGUUUAUCGACGAGAGGCGGUGCAGUCGUACAAGUCUUACGACUUUUUCCGUCACGAUAACGAAGAGGCCAUGAGAAUCAGGAAACACUGUGCCAUCGUGGCUCUACAGGAUGUGAAAUCUUAUCUGAAUGAAGAGGGAGGACAGAUCGCUGUGUUCGAUGCCACAAACACAACCAGAGAGAGAAGGCGCCUGAUCCUGAGUUUCACCAUGGAAAAUGCAUACAAGGUGUUUUUUGUCGAGUCGCUUUGUGACGACCCAGAGGUCAUCGCUGCCAACAUACUGGAUGUGAAGGUUUCCAGCCCUGAUUAUCCCGAGAGAGACCGAGAGAGCGUGAUGGAGGAUUUCCUGAAGAGAAUCGAGUGCUAUAAAGUCACCUAUCAGCCGUUAGACCCGGACGACCAUGACAAGGACCUGUCCUUCAUCCAGGUGAUCAACGUGGGCCAGCGUUUCCUGGUGAACCGCGUUCAGGAUUACAUCCAGAGCAAGAUCGUCUACUACCUCAUGAAUAUUCACGUCCAGAAGCACUCCAUCUACCUGUGCCGCCACGGCGAGAGCCAGCACAACGUCCAGGGCAGCAUCGGAGGAGAUUCAGAGCUGUCCAGCAGAGGAAAACAGUUUUCUAAAGCCCUGCGUGGGUUCCUGGAAAACCAGAAGAUCCCAGACCUGAAGGUGUGGACCAGUCAGCUCAGACGCACCAUCCAGACGGCCGAGGAGCUGGGCGUCCCGUACGAGCAGUGGAAAAUACUCAACGAGAUCGACGCCGGCAUCUGUGAGGAAAUGACAUAUGAAAAGAUAAAAGAAACGUACCCAGAUGAAUAUUCUCUCAGAGACCAGGACAAAUACCAUUACAGAUACCCGGGAGGAGAGUCCUAUCAGGAUCUGGUGCAGAGGCUGGAGCCGGUCAUCAUGGAGCUGGAGAGACAAGGCAAUGUGCUGGUCGUCUGCCACCAGGCCGUCAUGCGCUGUCUCCUCGCCUACUUCCUGGACAAGAGCGCUGAUGAUUUGCCGUAUCUGAAGUGCCCCCUCCAUGUGGUCCUGAAACUCACCCCAGUGGCGUACGGCUGUAAAGUCGACAUGUUUGACCUGAAGGUAGAAGCGGUAAACACACACCGGGACAGACCACUCGGAAGCUCCAGGCAGGAAGUCCCGCCCACUCUGCUGAGGAGGAACAGCUUCACGCCGCUGUCCAGUCAGGAUCAAGUCAAGCGGCCCCGCCUCUUCAGCGUGGGUGAUCCGCCCCUCUUAGCAAGCCUUCCUGCCUUAUCAGCCUCGCAGUUCCCCGAGGAGCUGAGCGAGAGCCCGGAAAGGCUGAACAGCUUCGCCCCGUCAGACUCGAAAGACGGCGUCCAAGAGUGACGCCCGUCAGCGAUUAAUAGUUUUCUCCAGACAUGAGUCAGCUGUGGACGCCCGCUCCGAGUCCGCACACGUCACCGCUGCUUUAUGUAACGCUAACGGCUCCGGAGACGCCUCCGUCCGCUCUCCUCAACCCUCGUCCGUCCGCAAGCGAUCGCAAGUACGGUAAAAUCACGACUUUUAUCACAAGUUGGGCGGAUCGACAGCUCGCGGAACCAAUUGGAGCGCAGAUGAGCUGACUGAGUGGGCGUGGCUUGUGCCAGUUAAGCCGAUUAGAAUAUUUAAAGAGACAGCGCACCGAAGUAAGAAAGAAGGGAACGUCGAAGCACUCGUUUUGAUUGCCGUGACAUCUGUUUAGCGCUCUUUUAAUCAUCCUGAUUGACUCGGGACAAAUUUAUUUGGAUGUUGUGUAAAUAUUUGUACGAUUUUAGACGUUAAUUGUCUGCGUCUUAUUUUCUCAUGUAUUUACAAUUUACAUUCUGGCUUUGAUUGUUGCGCAGAAUGUCGUACUGAGUUCAACGAAUGUCUUGCGGUUGUGUGAUGUCACGGGUCAUGUGACAGCAGAAAAGUUUGUGAAAUUUAUUAUGCCGUUUUUUUUUGACUGUUUAGUAUAUUUUGGACGGGAACAUCAGGGUAGUUCUUAAAAAUAACCUUCAUUUGUUAAAAAAAAGUCAAACUCGAGAAAACUCAAGUCAGUCUUUAACUGUUCAGUCCUUUCAUUGUUUUCAUCUUAAAGCAUACGCACAAAAUCAUUAUAGAGUUGUCUUCGGAUGUGCAGGAACGUUUAAUGCUACUGAGAAUAGUUAUUUUAGUUCUUAUCAUUUAGAUUAUCUUUCAUUUUAAAACGUUAUUUAUGCAUGCUUUUAGCGUGCAUCAGUUCUGGAAGGGUGUUUUUUAAAUGCUAUUUUAAAGCGUUUUUAAUUUAAAUUUGAGUUGGAGUACGUUGAAUGUAAAGAAGAUAUUUCUGUCCAUCAGAAGCUGCAUUGCUGUUGCUUCUUGCAGCUUGUUAUUCCAUUCGAAUGCAGACACGAGUGUGAUUUGCAUGAUGGGAUAUAUAAGAUCUGUAAGUGCCUUUGCUUCGUAACCAAAGCUUAACCAAAACAAAGCCUAAAAAACAUGGCAGAUCUCUGAGAGUGCAGAUUGGUCCAAACACACGUCUAUCUCUGAGCCUACUCAUUUAGAUUUAAUGCAGUGUGUUAUAGGACAUACGUUCUGGUUUCAUUGCAUCACAAUAUCUGUAGCACUGUUAUAGUUAUGACUAAAUAUAUAUGUCAUGCUAAUCUAUUGAUAAACAUUUUGUGUUCUAAUAAAAUCUGUCUGUGAUGCAAGGA